AUGCCGAGAGGCGGGAAAAAGGGCCAUAAGGGCAGAGGGAAGCAAUUCAGCAAUCCCGAGGAAAUUGAUCGACAGAUGAAAGCCCAGAGAGAACUGGAAGCAAAUGCAGGUGUGGAAAAAGAAAGCGGUUCUGAGUCUGAAGAGGAGAGUAGCAGCGAGGAAGAGUCUGAGAAGAGGAGUGGCGUGGAGGGGCUAAUAGAAAUUAGUAAUCCCAACCGGAUUUCUCAGAAAAGCAAGAAAGUCACCGAAUUAGACGUCGACGCUCCUCGAGAGCUGUCUCGCAGAGAGAGGGAGGAAAUCGAGAAGCAGAAAUCCAAGGAACGCUACAUGAAGCUUCAUCUUGAAGGCAAGACGGAACAGGCCAGAGCGGACCUGGCCCGACUCGCCAUUAUCAAGAAACAGAGGGAGGAAGCCGCCAAAAAACGAGAUGAACUCAGGAAAGGUGAGGAGAAUGCCGAGGAGGCCAAAGCAAAGCGUUAG